CUUGCACAUCACAACCGACACAUGUCUGUGGCAGCGAGAUCAGCAGUCAUGGCUGUCGCUAACAGGACUUAGCUGGUUGGAUAAAUUGGUGCUGUCGGUGUUGGACCAGAGGCCCGGAGGGAGCUCAGGGGGAGCGGAACCAGAGAGGUUGCGGGCGGUGCUGGUCCGCUGCGGGCCUGAAGCAACAUGUGGAGCCGCGGCCGCUUCGUCCUUCAGAGUCUGGCCAGACAGCCUGCUGCCAGGAGCUUCUCUCUGACUCCUGCUCAGCACACGGUUAUAGUGGAGCGAUGGUGGCAGGUCCCUUUGUCCAAAGUGGGCAGCCCGCCGAGGCUUUACCCCCGAAGACACAGAAUCUACAAGGUGGUCGAGGACACCAGAUUUGCUCCCAAGGAGAAGAUGGAGCUCAUUCUGACUGAAAAUGUAGCAAAGCUCGGCGGGAGAGGCGAAACGGUGUUCGUGAGGAAGUCUGUCGGGCGAAAUAAGCUGCUGGCCCAAGGCCUGGCGGUGUAUCCGUCACCGGAGAACAAACAGAUGUUUGCCGAUGAGAUGAGACUUUUGCGUGAGGGCAAACCAGAUCAGAGAUUACAAACCCGAACAGGACAACUGACAGUGCAGCUCCUGCAGCGCUCCAAGCUGAAUAUCAACAAAAUGCCGUCUGAUGACUUCCAGCUCACCAAGGAAGUCGUCUGCCGACAGUUUCUGAAGAAGCUGGGAAUCGUCGUUCCACCUCACGCACUGAGUCUGCCGUUUGAGCCAAUAAAGGACGUGGGCGACUACUGGUGCGACGUCACCGUUAAUGGAAUAGACACGGUCCGGGUCCACAUGUCCCUGCUGCCGUAUGAGGACCAGUCUGCGACCUACCAGAAGCAGCUGAAGGCGCAGCAGAAGCUGCAGGCGGCCGAACGCGACUCGCAGGCUGCCGUCGAGGAGGACGUCGCCUUAAAAGCCGUUUCUGUUGCAGAUGAAGCGGAGGACGGUAAAGACUCCUUGACAACAGCCGCCCCUACCCAGCAGGGAGCAACCCUACCAGCAAGUGAAAACUCUGAUCAAAAGUAAAGGACUCUAGUAACAUCAAGCUGAUUGUAUCUGAUGUGUGGGAAUAAAUGUGAGAGCUGAUCUUUAUCUCACUGUGGAAUCGGUAAAUUUGUUCAUUAUUGUGGAAAAUUAAAGCUUGUUUAUUACU